GUUGACAAUGGACCGUUUGUACAGCAGCAUUAUUUGCAACACUUUACGCUCUGUCUUUCUGCUUAGCUUAUUGCUUCUCUUUUCAAGUUUCACCUCUUUGGCAAAUGCAAAGACUCACUACCAUGACUUUGUUGUUCAAGCAACAAAAGUUAAGAGGUUAUGCGAAACCCACAAUUCUAUCACGGUUAAUGGGCAGUUCCCAGGUCCAACCUUGGAAGUGAACAAUGGCGAUACUUUAGUGAUACAUGUUACAAACAAAGCCCGAUAUAAUGUCACUAUUCACUGGCAUGGUGUCAGACAAAUGUUAACAGCAUGGGCAGACGGACCAGAGUUUAUCACACAAUGUCCGAUCAGGCCAGGGGGAAGCUACACCUACAGGUUCACGAUCUCAGGACAAGAAGGAACAUUAUGGUGGCAUGCACAUAGCUCCUGGCUUCGAGCUACUGUUUAUGGUGCUAUAAUUAUUCACCCAAAACAAGGAUAUUCUUACCCGUUCCCAGUGCCAAAGUGUGAAUCGGUCAUUGCUCUUGGUGAAUGGUGGGAUGCUAACCCGAUAGAUGUAAUAAGAGAAGCCACAAGAACUGGAGCAGCUCCAAAUGUUUCUGAUGCUUACACCAUCAAUGGACAACCUGGGGAUCUCUACAAAUGCUCUAGCAAAGAUACCGUCAAAGUACCCAUAAAUUCAGGAGAGACGAGCCUCCUUCGUGUGAUAAAUUCAGCUUUAAAUCAACAACUUUUCUUCACCAUUGCCAACCACAAACUUACUGUGGUAGGAGCCGACGCAUCUUAUGUAAAACCAUUCACCACCAAAGUCCUCAUGCUUGGACCAGGUCAAACCACAGAUGUACUCAUCAAGGCUGACCAGCCACCGGGCAGAUACUACAUUGCUGCGAGAGCUUAUGCCAGCGCACAAGGUGCUCCUUUUGAUAAUACGACCACCACCGCCAUCUUGGAGUACAAAAACGCAACAUCCAAGCCCAUUAUGCCACCUCUUCCAGCAUACAAUGACACUGCAACUGCCACCGCCUUCACCACCAGCUUCAGAAGUCUCGAAAAAUCACUUGUUCCCACCGAAAUUGAUCACAAUCUUUUUAUCACUGCUGGGCUUGGAAUCAACCAAUGCCCGCCAAAGACCCGUGCUAGAAACUGUCAGGCCCCCAAUGGGACCCGUUUCACUGCUAGCAUGAACAACGUAUCUUUUGCACUCCCGUCCAAUUACUCCAUACUUCAGGCAUAUCACCAAGGAAUCCCGGGUGUUUUCACCACUGACUUCCCAGCCAAACCUCCGGUUGUCUUUGAUUAUACUGGUAAUGUAAGCAGGUCUUUAUGGCAGCCUAUUCGUGGAACUAAGGUCUACAAGAUGAAAUACGGGUCAAGGGUGCAGAUAGUGUUGCAAGGUACAAAUAUCUUCACUGCUGAGAACCACCCAAUCCAUCUUCAUGGAUAUGAUUUCUAUAUACUUGCAGAAGGAUUUGGAAACUUUAACCCAAAAACUGACACUGCAAAAUUCAACCUCGUGGAUCCACCUCUCAGAAAUACAGUUAGCUUACCAGUCAAAGGAUGGGCAGUCAUUAGAUUUGUGGCUGAUAAUCCUGGUACCUGGAUUAUGCACUGCCACUUGGAUGUUCACAUUGGCUGGGGUUUGGCCACAGUGUUUAUUGUAGAAGAUGGGGCUGGGCCACUGCAGAAAUUGGAGAAACCGCCACCAGAUUUCCCUGUGUGUUGA